AUGGCGACCAAUCGAAUAAAUCCGAAUCGUCCUUCCAUCCACCUCUCCCCAUCCCACUCCCGAAGCAACUCGCGCUCAACCUCACAUGACAAAGUCCCUGGCUCCAUCUACCAACAACUCGACCCUCUCCUCAGCAAUCUCUCCCCCGAAUCAACUCUUCAAGCGCUCACAUCAACCGAUGCAGUCCCUUCGAACGAACAAGCCGCUCAUGAUAUCCUCUCGCGAAGCAUCUCCCAGGUGUCGCCAUCCGAACGCGCCCUAGGGAUACGCGCCGCGGUAGCCGCCCAAAACUUGAAUCUGUGGCACAAAGAGGUCCAAUCAUGGGAUUGGCCAAAUCAGCGCGAUGCGAAGGUUGGGAUGGGUUUUAUUCCUCCAUCUGAGUCGCACCUUGGGGGGAAUUUUAUCCCUUCCGGGCUCUCGGCUUCCCCCAGCAAUACUCAGGGACGCUACUACGGGAGCUUGUUAGCCUCCGUGGUCGAGGGAUACGAGAGGAGAGCCGACGAAAUCCGGGACGGAAUGGAAGAUCUGAACGUGGAAGAAUUGAAGGAGCACGUUUUGAAUGCCCACAUUCCAUCCAGGUCUCGUCCCUCGUCCGCCACAAGCUGCGCAUCCGUGCCUCCGCCGCUCAGCUAUGUUCAACUGAGUGACUUCACAGCUGUCAUUACCGCGACCAUCCUGCGAGCUCUCCCAUACCUAUCGCGACUGAACGCUCUACUUGCCACUUGGGAAGUUCGCAUUUUUGUCUUGCGCCAAAUUCCUGGUCUGCUGAGAGAGCUGAGCUUGACCCGCUCCGCCCUUGACUCCUCCCUCGAAGCCUUGCGAACCCCGCAUUCUAGUGCCUCCAACCCGAGCGAAUCCUCCGAUGCAUUCCUAGCUGCCGAUCAUGCUAAACUUGAGACUGCAGUCGUGGCUGUAGGGAGGCGGAUGGACCGAGUUCUCGACGCGUUGGAGGGUCGUCCGGACUCUUUGCCCGAACAGUGGAUUGAUUACCUAGAAGCCAUUGAGUCCGAUUUUGCCAUCUGGGUGGUAGAGGCUGGUAAAUACAAGGUUCACAACGCGUGGCUGCGGUCAAAAGCCGAGGCUCAAAUGGCCGAGAUGCGCGCACCCGACCUCCAGCGCGCAGAGUCAUCGAAGGAAACACGGCAGGACCCAACAUCCGAUACAGUAGUACCGGAACCUUCAGAUGAUCUCACUUUCAAUCAGGAGCAAAUCGUCGAAAAUGCACCUGAACUUCAGUAUGCUCUUGAACAAUCAACGGUGCCUCUUGAAGAGACACCACUUCCUGCGGACUGUGUGGAAGGGGACACCUCGCCAAACCUACGACUCUCGACGUCUCUGUCAACAUGUCAAUUUGAAGAGAAGCAGGAAGACCUCACACCUGUGGUCGUGGCAGAUGACCUAGACACACCAACACAGUCCCACUUUCCACCAGCUCCUGCCCAUACGCCUGACGCAAUUGAUUGCACGUUGCAAAACAGUGAAGAUUUUUCUCCGCCCGGCUUCCAGCAGCUCGACGGAGCAGUGCCAUUUCUCAGCCAUGCCUCGACAAGACCAAUGCUAUUGCCAGAGUGUAGUGCUCUGGCUGAGGAAUCUUUCGCUCAAGUAUCCACUGUGCCUGAAAUCGAGGCCCCACUUACUGAGGUUGUCGUUUCUGCUGGUGUGUCUACCGCGGAAGAGCCGAAUGACUCCGCUAGUCGCAAAGACUUGCCUUGUGAAACUGUAGCUGAUCAAAAAGAAACAAACGUUGAUGAGGAUGAGAAUCAACCUGCUCCACCCUCCAAAUCUACCAAACUUAAUCCUGAGCCUCAAACCGUCAGCUCUCCUGUUGCCCAAGAUGCCGAAUCCAGAAUCGGGCCGAGGGAACAGAACCAGUGUGAUACGCCGGUAGCAGCAACUAUUUCUCCGGUUCUGACACCAAACAGGUCAGAAAUACGAGUGCCGAAAUCGAGGCUGUCUGGCCGAGUUUCUCAAAUACCCAUGCCUGUGGCGUCACCCAAGUCAGGCCCAAAUCCUUUGCCUAUGAAGUCUCACCACCCGCGGAACGAAGGAAAGCCAGAACCUUAUCAGCGGGCUGAUCGCAAGCCGUUACAGAGCCCUAUUAAACUUUCCAAAUACCGCCCAGGGAUUCCUGAUCUCGACAAAGAUGGCACAGUGGCGCACAAAUCUACGCAUCGUCGUCGGACAUCUACUGGGUCUGUGGGGUCUUUGCUUUCAUACCACUCUUCCCUCAUAUCCAGCCCUGAAGUACCUGAGUCCCACACUGACUCCACUGACAUAACGCCCCUUGGGACAUCAUCUCACCCCGGAUCUAUACACACUCCUUCGCAUGGGGACCAUACCCUGAGAGAGGAUCGUUUGCGUCGCUUGGAAAAUCAGAAGCCUGGUCGACGAAUCUCUUUCCAGCAAAGUCGCGCUGUCAGCCUGCCCCUCGAGCGGUUUAUCAACGAACGCUUGGGGUUGGACCUGGGAAGCGAGCCGGCGCCAGGUGUGACUGGCGUGAACACGUCUAGGACCAGGACAUCCUCUGUAACAUCUGCCGACUUCCCCAAACCACCAGAAACACGAAACAAAAUCACAUUCCAGGAUCCGUCUGCUGCAUCCAUUCCACCGACUCCACGUCUCCCUACUGGCCAUCAUCAACUGUCUCGAGGCAAGUCUGCAAGUGACUUGAGCUCUCAGAAUGAGAUGGCGAAAAUUGCAGAACGAAAUAAGAAGACUUUCGGGAUGAAUUCCGCCCGAAGAGCCAUGGAGCACCUUCUUCAGCCCAAAUCUGCCCGAUGGCGACAGCGACUGACUGCUCAUCCUAGUCUCGAAAGCCUGGGUGUGAAGAGACAAGAGUUGUCAUAUGUAGAAGAGCAUGAAUCUGAACUCACCGAUUUCGGAUUCCGUCCUCCCUCGCCAACCAAACACAGCAAGCAACCGCGAGACCAGCUCGAUGAGAAAAUCAACUCUAUUCUCAACUCGCUGCCUGGCCAUAUCCAUUUGGUGGAUUCUAACAACGAAGCAGAGAUAUCCUCGUUAUCGUCAUCGUUGGACAGACGAAUGCAGUAUAGAUCCGAAUCCCCGACUGGCCCUACUCGCAGCAAUACUCCCGCGCCUUCUCUGACUUUGAUGCCCGCUUCUCGGAGACGGUACUCUCAUGCCUACAAGACAGAGGACAGCUGUGUCAAACUUUAUCACCUUCAUCACGGGGGCCAGAACGCACCAACUAAACUUUUUGUUCGCACCGUUGGGGAAGAAGGGCAGCGAGUGAUGGUUCGUGUUGGCGGUGGAUGGGCUGACCUUGGCGAAUACCUUCGCGAAUAUGUUAUUCAUCACGGCCGUCGUAAAGUGUCUGAAACCCCUCGUGUGGAGGUGCAGGGCAUCAAACAACGUUCAUCACCAUCUUACGCUUCUCCUAGUUCUAUGUUGACCCCGACUGCUUCGUAUCUUGCCUCCGACCGGACUGCCCCCUCCCAGCUACCACCCGUGCUCAGUGCCCAGCCGCCUUCCUCCAUUACCGUUCACAAGAAACGACGAGACUCAAUCACGUCUGAUGUAAUGGGCACCAGGUCGGUAUCAACAAGCCACCUAUCCUCCUACACCUCAUCUUCGCCGAUCGUCGCCCCUCUCCCUUCCGCUACCGGCAGACGCCUUUCAGUGUCUUCGGGCUGUUCAGUUGGCGACACUAACUCCCCCAACAACAACAACAACAACAACAACAACAACAACAACAACAACAACAACAACAACAACAACAACAACAACAACAACAACAACAACACCACUACUACCUCCACGGCCACUGAAACCCGCUCAACUCCACUGGGAUUAGCUGGUCCCAACCCACGUGCUCGGCACGAAUCCAUGAGCCCGGAGGGUGAAGCCUGGGUUGCAAAUGUUCUCCAAAAGACCCGCCGCUCUAGUUCCAAUAACCCACCUCAGUUCGCACUAAACGUGCCGCCCAGCCACGAUGCCGAUGACCGAUUUGAGAUUGUCGACGGCACUGUGAGUGGACACUCCUUGCCCAAAGUCCGCAGCAUUGGCGAUAUCGGAUUUAAUGGCACAGGCAAGCGGGUCGCGCUGAAAGGUCUACGGUCUCGCAGGCCGUAA